AUGGGGAAUUCUUACCGUUCUCAGGUGUAAAUAUUCAUUAGUUGACAUUCAUUCAAUAAGGAACACGUGUUGUUUGAUAUGUAUUAUUGCAAAAAAUAAGAAACUCAAAUAAUUAAAAAUAUGUAUGUAUAUGCAUUUUUGUAAUUGUUGUAAAAAGCUGGCAUUUAUGAAAAAGUAAAAUCCGACGGUGGAUGACUAACUAAAUAAUUGUUUAAGAAUUUAGUGACUAGUUAUUCUUUUAAUUAAUUCCAUAAUUAAGUCACGUCCAGCCUUCUUAAAGUCUCACAUGAGAUUUACUUUACCCAUGCACCUGCUUUGUCAUGGUUGAUACAUAUUAUGAGAUGUGAUCAUUCAUCACAAAAUUCCUACGAAUUUGUACAUACUUGGUUUCAUUUUCUCUUUUACAAACGUUCGUUCAGCUUCAUCUUGCAUCUCAUUAGUAUUUUUCACACAUGUUAAUCGUUAGUGUUUAAAUGUUUAUGAGAUGCAAUGAAAAAUGGGGUUAAAAGAUCCAUGAGUGAGAGACCUGUCACUAUUUUGACGGAUACGCUAUGAACAAAGUCAACCAGGUACUUUUGUACGUAUGUAUGACAGGAAAGGUAUUAAGAUUUGGGCAUAUUAUUGUGUCAUUCCGUCUCUUUUUUUACUGGGAGCUUGAGGACAUAAUUAAAAUACUGUCGACAAGUAAAUAAAUGAGGGUAUAAAAGUUAUUUCUUGGGUGAAACUUGUCACUAUCUUGUGGAAAGUUGAGAGUGCUGGAAUAACGCAAUUUUGUGAAUAAAGUAGAUUUCAGACGGAAAUAUAAUAAUGGCAUCUACAAAAAAGUGGAUGUCUCGUCGCCAUCUCGUCGUCAUGCUGAGCAUUGGACUGCUCGUCACCCUAACGGAAGGGAGGAAGCAAGGGGGGAAGAGGAAGGCGGACGGUGGGGACGAUGACGGUGAUCAGGAACAAAGACCAAAUAACAGAUAUCCUCUCAGUCAAGGGCUGGAUUCCGACAGGUCCAACGGUUUCCUCGGAUUACAAAACAAGGACACUGAAACCUCUGCGCAAGCAUUGAACGCCGCCGUGCAAAAUCCACUCCUCUAUCAAAACCAGGCUUUCGGAGGGCUGGGUGGUGCGGGAGGAUUGGCAAAUCUGGGAGGCGGACUUUUCUCCAACCAAGGACAAUUUGGUGCCGGUCAAUUCGGCGGAGGACUUAAUCCAUAUCUUCAAAACGGACUUGGCGGAUAUCAAAAUGGUCUCGGAGGUUAUCAAAACGCUGCAAUAGGAGGACUCGGUGGUGGUUAUCAGAAUCCUUAUCUUGGCGGUGGAUUCGGCGGUGGUUUUGGAGGACUUGGAGGUUUGGGAGGGGUUGCCCCCGACAUUUAUACGCAAGGGGCCCUUUCCGCCCAACUGUAUAAUAAUCCACUUUACGGGGCUGGAGCUGGGACGCUUACCGGAUCAGCGGCAGGAAUUAAUCCACUUUUGCUCCGUGGCGUUCAAAAUUCUCAGUACCCGAUAAUCGGAGGGCUUGGUGGUUUGGGGGCUUAUCAAAAUCCAUACCUCGCAGCACAAGCGCUUCUCUCCCCGUAUUCUAAUUAUAAUCAGGUGAAUAAUUACCCCUUCGCGUCCCGUUUUGGAAUCGGGGCUGGCACGGGAAGAAGUGGGUUGGGGAUUAAUCGUUACAAUUCACAAAACUCACAAAAUAAUAAUGACGAGAAGUAAAUUAAUGGAAGAUUAGUUAAUAAAAUCCUUAUCUUAAAGAAUUUAAAACUACUUGUAAAACAUAAAUUAUCUAAGUAAAAGUGUUCAUAAUAAUCCAAUAAAAAUGAGAGCUAUGAUGAUGACAAGUUAAUAAAAAUAUUUGUAAUUUCAUGCA